AUGGCAUCCGACAGACGUCCGCUGCCCGAAUGUGGCUUUGCAGUGGAUUCCACCAAGAAAGGUGCUGUGCCCAUCAAAGUGGAAUCCCGCGCCAAGGGCAAAAAGGUGACAAUCCUGAGCAAUGUCAGGGGAGAUGGUUCGAUGCUUUGUUCGACCUUGACCAGUUUGUUGGGCAUAGGAGGCACUGUCCUGCACGAAUCCGGGCAACAGCUGAUUCAGUUGCAAGGUAGUCAGGAAGUGCGUGUUGUUGAAGCCUUGCGGCAGCUGAAAUGCUUGAGAGGUGUGAAAGAAGAUGAGAAACCGAAGAAGCCGGCGAAGCAAGCGGAGGUUGCCUCACGGAAUUGUGGCUAUGACAAGUUCCUAAGACAGGAGUCGAAGCCAUCUUUAGCAAAGAUGCUGGAGGGUGAGGCAUACGCACCGAAGUGCUUACCCGGUGCUGAGUGUUUUCGAUGGCACGGCUAUUGGGUGUACUGCCGCGGCUGUUGCGAACAAACGGAUGACGAUGUCUGGGAAGAGAGCGCCCGUUUCUGCGAUCCAUCCCUUGACAGACCCUACAGUGAGGAACAGUUGGUUGGCGCGCCUCGACGGCCGACCAAUGUGAGCCAAUUAGAUGAGUACUUGAGGAAAUUGGGAAUGCUGGCUGAGGUGGGUGAAGCUGCUCUCACCUGGGGCCUUCGCACUCCCACGUGGCCGUCGCCCUUGGGCACGACCCUGGCGGAGUAUCGCCGCGCGGCGCUGGCGCCGGGCGCGAAGCUGCUGGAGAUGGAGCCCAGGCGACCGGAGAAGCUACGGAGCAACUCGAAGACGCCCAAGGAGAAGGUGAAAGCUAGUACUCUGCAGCCAGCCAGUCGCAGCAAAUCACAGCCGGUGGUCAAAGUGCCGCAAGAAGAGGGAUGUUUUAGGUGUCCCGUAUGUCAACAUCACUUUGCCCUCUACAAGACCUUGAAGGACCACAUGAAGUUGUCCCACAACCAGAAUGCACCGGCCAAAAAUUUGGUCGCCUACACCCCGCCCAAACUGAAGCCACGUACUGCGGUGUCAAGGGGUACCUCAGUGCCGCGAGCCGUGAAAAGCACGGUGAGGUGGGGUCAAAAUCGAAGCGAAAGCAUCAGGUGCAAAGUGGAAUCGAAGGCGGGUCCAUGUGAUGAAAGCGGACCCUUGGACGAUCGGCCAACUUCUUCGGCUGCGCCUCGAGAACCGAUUGAAGUCCCAAGGGUCGAAGAGAUUGAAGACCUCGGAGAUAUCGAAGAGGAAUUUCCCCAGCAGACGCUCCUUGAGGAUGCUGAGAGGGAGUUCCCAUCUUUGGAUUGUUGUGUCUGUCAAAAGAGAUUCAGCUUUCAGAUGCUCCAAGAAUUCCAGGAACACGUGGAAAAAUGCAUCAACAAUCCUCCAGCCACCCAGUCGUGGCAAGAAUGUCCUGUAUGUCAGGAGAAAUUUCAUCCAGAUGCCAUCGAAGCACAUGCGCGAUCCUGUUUGGAUCGAGCCGAGGAGAAUGUGGACGAUGGCGAAGACAGUGAUGCCAGUGAUGGUAUUGCGGGCCAUCCUGUGGACCUCCAAGGCUACCCGGUGGUUCGCGUGGUGCAAGCCUUUCAACCGGAGAUCUGGGACGACACGCAGGUCUCGGUGGUGAAGGGUGACCUGUUUUUGCGCUUGUGGCAGCAGCCGACUGAGGUAGCCCCCGGUGCCCCCGGUGCCCCGUCCCCGGCCCUCGUAACGGUGGUUGUUCAACGGGUCCAGGAGGGCGGCUACUGGGCCUGGGGAUGCUUGGUCACCUGGGAACGGAACGACUACUACGGCGUGAAACUGGGAUACGUCCCGCGGUCGCACCUGGCUGAGGAGCCCCUUCCGGAGGUGGCAGAGUUGAGCCUGUUCGGAGAUGGGGAAGGCGUUGAGGAAUCCGGGGUCCCCGUCUCGUCUUGCCCACCUGCGUGGUGGACCACCUGGGGUGCCACGGUGCCACCUGUCAAGAUUCAAGAGGUUCCUGUGCUGAUAAGUGAUUGGUCCCUGGCUCUUCCCAACAGAAUGGCGGGACAGCUGUAUACCAUUCCAUUCUCACACUACUGUGAGCUCGCGCGAUGGAGCCUUCAAGAAGCAAAGGUGUCCUUUGUGGAAUAUCCGUACCUCCCCGGGGUCCACACCUUCUUCGGCCCCAUGCAACGACUCCGCGCCAAGAAAGCCGACAGCGGCAGCACGGGGAAGGGCCAGGGGACGCCGCUGUAUGUGGCGGCGGAUGGAAAGAUCUUGGACGACUCCUGGGAGAGUUUGGAAGUCUUAGGACCUGUGCCGGAAGAGAUGAAGAAGGUGCUGAACUACGAGAUUGGGCCACAGGUGCGUGCCAUCGUCUAUGCUGACCUGCUGAAACCUGAGAAGGACGCCGCCUUUGCUGCCAUGGGCGCCGCCUGCCCGGUCCCUUGGUGGCAGCGCUGGCUCUGGCAGCUGAGCGGCUUCCGGCACAAGGUCUCCUCGUUGAUGCGCGAGAAGAUGGUGGGUGACGAGGAGAAACAGGCCAAGACGCUGCAAGACUUUGAGGCGGCCAUACAGAAGGUGGAAGCCGAACUCGCCAAGCCCGACGGCUGCUUCAAGGGCGCCCCCGAGGCGCUGACGCCUCCGGCCUUGGCGUUGGCCGCGCUCUUCGCGCCGGCGGUGUGUCCACCGGAGUACAGCGGGAAGUUUGCACCGGACAUCACUCCCGAGACCUUCACGGAGCCGCAGCAAGAGCGCAUCCAGGGCUGGCGCCAGCGGCCCAUUGGACAAUUCACCCUGGAGGUCUACCGUCUUCACCGCAUGCGCUGCGUGCCGUCUUCCGCCGCCUAA